AUGGCGGGCACACCGCCUGCGUCGCCAAGCACGUCGCGGCACGUCGGCGUCGACGUGCGCCCGCUUCCCGAUCGGGCACGCGACUGCGCCCUCGCGGCGGGCGGCGUCGGCGCGGUGUGGGGCGCGACGGUCGCCGCCGCCGAGGGCGGCGCGAUUCCACAUGGCGCCGCCUGGGUCGGUUCGCGGUGGGCAGCAGCGGCCGCGGCCUUCAUCGGGCUGCGUCACCUGAUCCUGCAGGGCGAUUGGCGGAACGACCGCGAGGCGGUCAGCGCCGUCGCCGCAGCUGCCGUCGGUGGCGGCGCAGCCGCGCUGCAGCGCGCAUGGCGGCGGCUUCGCAUCGUGAGCGCCGUCUCGUUUGUGACCGGGUUUGGCGGGCACUAUCUGCACCGGUGGUGGCUGCGUGCGCGCCUCGACUGGAUCGAGGGCGAGACAGCCGCCACCGCCGCCACCGCCACCACACGCCUGAUGCAGGACCGGCUGCGGCACGAGCCGAGAAACUACGAACUUCGCUUGGCCGCGGCUGCAAAGUGA